AUGGCCACAUUCCCUGGAUUUGGAACCGCUGCUACUCAUGUCGGACAAGAGCCCGAUCAAUGGGAAAUGCACCAAGUUGUCCCACCAAUUUCGUUGUCGACAACUUACAUGCAAAAGAACCCUGGUGAGCCAAAAGUGCACGACUACUCUCGCGCCGGGAAUCCCACUCGCGAUGUCCUUCAGAAGUGCCUUGCUUCUCUGGAAGGAGCUAAACACGCUCACGUUUACUCUUCGGGACUCGCAGCUUCGAUGGCUGUCAUCAACCUGUUGAAGACAGGGGAACAUGUUGUGUGCAGUGAUGACGUUUAUGGAGGAACACAGAGAUUUUUGCGCCGGGUGUCUGUGCCAAAUCACGGCCUAGAAGUCGACUUAGUUGAUUUGACGAACUUGGAAACAGCCGACAAAGCAUUCAAGGAAAACACAAAGAUGGUUUGGUUCGAGACUCCCUCAAAUCCAUUAUUGAAAGUCGUUGACAUCAAAGCCGUCGUGGCACUCGCCAAGAAGCACAACCCGAAAAUUCUGGUUGUUGUUGACAACACUUUCAUGACUCCCUACUUCCAGCGCCCACUUUCUCUCGGAGCUGACAUUGUUGUCCAUUCGUUGACCAAGUACAUCAACGGACAUUCGGAUGUUGUGAUGGGUGCUGUAAUGACAGACAAUGAUGCCAUUCAACAACAUCUUUUCUUCCAACAACUCGCUGUCGGUGCCGUUCCAUCCGCCUUCGAUUGUUUUCUGGUGAAUCGAGGCAUCAAAACUCUUCACGUCCGAAUGCAGCGACACUACGAGAAUGCACUGAAAGUGGCUGAGUUCCUUGAAAAGAACGAAAGAGUUGUGAAGGUCUUGUAUCCGCCUCUCCCAUCCCAUCCACAACACGAGGUGCACAUUAAACAAACCAAGGGAAUGUCCGGAAUGAUCAGCUUCUAUCUGAAAGGAGGCAUGGAGCACAGCAGAACAUUCCUUUCCACUCUCCAGGUAUUCACACUGGCCGAGUCUUUGGGUGGCUUCGAAUCGUUGGCUGAAUUGCCCAGCGUUAUGACACACGCUUCAGUGCCCGCCAAUGAGAGGGAAAUCUUGGGAAUCACCGACAAUUUGAUCAGACUUUCUGUGGGUAUCGAGGAUGCGGAUGAUUUGAUAGCCGACCUUGAUCAAGCUCUCAAACAAGCGAUACCAACGCUU